ACCAUAUUGCUGCCGUAUCACUGCUGCGUCACAGGCACUGUUUGGAAUUGAGCUGUGACGGUGUGGGAUUAUUGAUCACCGCAGUAUUCUUUGUUAACAAAUAACAGUAACAACUAACUACUAACUAUCUAGCUAAUGAACUAACUAUAUAGAUGUUGUAGAAUGAGUAUGUGUGUCAGUGCUCUGCUGUGUAAGAGGAAGGAGCGGAGAAGCACAAGAGUGGGUGAGAGCGUUCCCUCUUACGCUGCACGAGCUCUCCCCUCCUUCUUACACACCCAGCACAUGGUUUCCGCACAUACACAGCCUCAUUCUACAACACACGUUUCAAUGUGGGCCCAUGCAUUUUAUGUAUGUACAAAAUGUUUUAUCCUUUAAAAAUGUGAUAAUCAGGUGCGCUCUAUAGUCCGGAAAUUACGGUUCUUGCCAUCAGUAUGCUACUUAGAGCUCAUUUCAAGUGUAGAAGUUUUAAUUUUGAGCAAAUUUUGUUACAAAGCUUUGCAGAUAAAAAGGGUUUCAGUGUAUUUUAUUUUGAGCUUUUCUACUUUCAAAAGGCAAAAUUAUUAUUGAGUCUCAAAGAAUGGAUUUACUGCAGUGUUUCACUGGCACUGGGGGUCUGUUGACAGCAUGAUUAAAAAACACCUUCCUACCACUAGAUGUCAGCCAGACUCCAGACAUUCUAAUGUUUUUACUGCAUUGCCCUCAAUACUUUUACUCAUUUGCAGCUGAGAAACAAGGAGAGAAUUGGAGAAGAAGGGGAAAGUUUCACAAAGACAUCCAGGAUUGAAGGAUUUUUCUGCGGCAUGCUCCUGAAAUAAAAAAAAAGCACAAGUGGAGGGAGGCAGUAAAGUUCAUCUUAUGCUAGUCUACGCUGGACUCAGAGAUGAGACAGUGUCAUCAACCCUCCUGCUUUGUCUUUGCUCUCCUCAAACUUUGAACUACACUCAAAGCUCCUGCAUGGAUAACUGCUUUUGUCUUCUGCCAACAUCUGUGGAGCACUAAAAGCUGCAAGGAGAACUGUUUUAGAGUGGUCAUUUUUGUUGUGUUAUCACUUUGGGAGUUUUUUUUUUUUUUUUGUGAGGUUGGAAUAAUGUCUCCAUGUUGGAGGAGAAGUUUUCUGUCUCUGCUGAUGUUUAUUGCAAUGCUGUAUAUUCUUACUGCUGAAAGUGCUGGACCAAGCAGCGGCACCAGGCAAGAUAAGGCAUCUUCAUGCUUUGGAGGCUUUGAUCUCUACUUUGUUUUGGACAAGUAAGUUCACAAACACUCUUAACCAGACACUCGUGCGGAGAAUUGAUGAGUCUGAUGAGGCUGUUGCAAUAAUAUGUCUAUGAUUUCUGAACUGUUAAUAGUUUUAAAAUGUAAAAUGCAUAAUAUUUGCAGUAAAUUAUUGUGUGCUGCUUUUGUAGUUUACAAUGCAAACAGCAUAGGCUGCUUUUUAUUAUUUUAUUGUCAUUUUUAUUUUUCAUGCAGAAAAACUAAUAUUGUUAAUUGUAUGACAAACUAAUUUUAUGUUAUAUUUAAAUGAUGAGAAAAAACUUUGUUUGAGCACUUCACUUUUUGCAGGGAGAAACUCAUUUUUUGAGCAACCCAACCUGUUUCUUCUGAGUGAACAGUCUUGACAUUUUUUUCUCUUUUUUUGCUUGAUGAUCUGGAAGUGUGCAGAACCAUUGGAAUGAGAUUUACUACUUUGUUGAACAUCUAGCACAUAAAUUCACAAGUCCACAGUUGCGAAUGUCCUUCAUUGUGUUCUCCACAGAGGGACGAAUCCUGAUGGGCUUGACAGAUGACAGAGAACAAAUUCGUAAAGGUUUGGAGGAGCUCUACGCAGUCCGCCCAGGAGGUGACACUUUCAUGCAUGAAGGCCUCUUGAGGGCUAGUGAGCAGAUAUACUAUGGAAAUAAAGAGGGUUAUCGCACGGCCAGUGUCAUCAUAGCUCUGACAGAUGGAGAGCUGCAUGAGAAUCUUUUCCACCAUGCUGAGAGGGAGGUGAGAGAGAACAGGAAGGAGUACGACCAGGCCAACCGCUCCAGAAGUCUGGGUGCCUCCGUUUACUGUGUGGGAGUGAAAGACUUCAAUGAAACACAGCUGGCAAAGAUUGCAGACGGCAAAGACCAUGUCUUCCCUGUAAAUGAUGGGUUCAACGCUUUGCAGGGAGCAAUCGAUUCAAUCCUUAAAAAAUCCUGCAUUGAGAUCCUGGCAGCAGAGCCCUCUAGUAUCUGUGCAGGAGAGUCCUUUCAGGUGGUUGUGAGAGGAAACGGGUUUCUGCACACCAGAAAUGUUAACAAAGUCUUGUGCAGUUUCCGAAUCAAUGACACCUCGACAAAGACAAUGAAGCCUUUGAUUGUGGAAGAUUCCUAUCUGCUCUGCCCUGCGCCUGUGCUACAGGAUGAGGGAAUGGCAGCAAACCUCUAUGUCAGUAUGAACGAUGGUCUCAGUUUCAUCUCCAGUUCAGUCACUAUUACCUCUUUGAGCUGUUCUGAUGGGACUCUCCUGGCCAUAGCGUUGCUCUUCCUCAUGCUGCUGCUGGUCUUGGCUUUGCUCUGGUGGUUCUGGCCUCUUUGCUGCACUGUGAUCAUUCAUGAGCCUCCACCACCACCUGAGGAGGAAAGCUCGGAUGAGGAAGAUUUUGAUGCUCCUAAGAAGAAGUGGCCAACUGUGGAUGCUUCCUACUAUGGAGGAAGAGGAGUAGGAGGAAUAAAAAGGAUGGAGGUUCGAUGGGGUGAGAAGGGUUCCACCGAGGAAGGAGCAAAGCUGGAAAAAGCCAAAAAUGCAAAGGUGAAGAUGCCUGAGCAGGAGUAUGAGCUGUCACCUACUCGGGUUCUCAACAACGGCAUGCACAAACCUCCAGAACCACGCAAGUGGUACUCACCUAUUAAGAGCAAAUUAGAAGCUUUGUGGGUACUUCUGAAAAAAGGCUAUGAUCGAGUCUCUAUAAUGAGACCUCAUCCCGGGGACAAGGGCAGAUGCAUGAACUUCACCCGGAUUAAGUCUCCACCUCACUAUCCUCACUACAAUCAAAAGCCUCCAUCCAUCUAUAACCCCCCCAACAGGAGUCCCCCUUCACCUCCUCCAAAUCCAGGCAGCCCACUGUCAUUUUCCUUCUCCAAACUUCCAUCGCUGCCAUCAACGCCAAUUUCCUCCAGUCCCUCACCUUCCGCUCAACCUCCCCUUUACACGCCCCCGCCCCAUCGAGCUCUUCCUUCACCCAGCCUGCAGCUCCCCUGUCCACCAGCACCCCCACCCUCCCCUCCUCCCUGUCUCCCACCAGCUGGCACACUGCCCCCUCCUCCUGGGCGAGCUCCUCCUCCUUUGCGCCCGCCGCCACGUCCAGAUCUGUAGAGCGCCGUCAAGAGGGAGGAGAGCAACACCUGAGACUGAUUCACAGUCGUUGAUGUAUUCACAGAGGAAAAGUGAGCCCCUGGGGCCACACUAGCUGUGGAUUUUAUGUGAAGAGGCAAAGCAAGGACGCUUUCUUUCAGCCAUUGGUCUACAGGGACUUUGUACACAUGUAGCCUAACAGUGCAAUUACUAAAAUGCUUGAAUUAUUCUUCCCAGACUUUGGCAGUUACCUUUAGACUUCUCCACAGACAGUCCAUAUAAUGGAGGUCAGGCAGCAAGGAGCUUUGAUGCUGCUGUUGACCCAUCUGCAAAGAGGACAGUGGAAGAGUCUUGAUUAGCAGAGGAACAAUCAUGCACAACACUAAUAUGCCUGUGGGUUUAUCCAUACACAGAGUCAACCUGCAGUGUCUUUUUUUUGUGCUUCUAAUGAGGAUUAAAUAUUCUGCAGAAAGUAAACUAAGAUGAAUCUGAGGAGACUAGGCAUCAGACUCUUGAAUGUUAAACAACUGCAUGCAGGACUGUUUGAAGGUUUACAUUUAUGGAAUCGCUUUUACAAGUGUAUUUCUGUUCCAAGCACAGCAUUUUUUUUACAACAUAACAAAUUAUGGGACAGUGUUUAAAAUCAGUUAUACCUAUGAAGCAAAAAGAAUAAUAAUCUCCAAGGAAUGCCAGUAAAUUUUGGGCUUAAUCUCACCAUCCAAACUCAUAUAACCCAAGGUGAAAUGCAACAAGUAUAGAAAAUGGACUCACAAAUUAGAGAUUAGGAGAUUUCUGAGGGAGGAAACUGCAAAUGCCUUAAUUUGUAUCAAGACAAUAUUUGUCUCUGUCAUGUCAACCUAAAGCUGCAACAUGUUUUAAAAAUACAAAAUAUUGUAUAUUUUUUAUGUAUGUCUUUUGAUAGCUCUUUUGUACUUUUCCAUUUAUAUUCCUUGAAAAAUCUGAGUGUAAAGAAAAAAAAGAAGUCUGGACUGCAUCUGGUCAGGUUAGUACAUGCAGGAGGCAUGCUGGUGCAUUUUCUCCAGAACCUGGUCUAGAUCCAUCUGGUGGGUUGCACAUUAUAUAAAACCUCUUCUCAGAUCUAUCACUGCAUUCACUGACGUGGUUAAAAAAGUUGCCAGCACUUACUCUACUUUAGAUCCAAGUCAUCAUGUUUAAAAUGAGGCAGAUUUUUUUUUUAAAAGCUGGGAAAUGUUUUUGUUCUGUUCAAUAAUGAAGUUAAAAUAUUUUACUUUCAUUUAUGUUUCAUGUUCACAUGUUAAAUGAUUUCUCAAAUAAAUGUAGGUUAUAAAAAGAGGCAAUAACUUUUGAUAAAUACGUUUUUUGUUGCAACAAUGUACAAUAUUUGGUCUUCACUGACUCCCAUAUUAUGUCAACCCAAUCUUAGUCACACAACUGCCUUUUUUCUGCUUACAACCGUAAACUAAUUCAAACUUGUGUGAUUUCUUCAGCUCUGUGUGUCUAGAUAUCCAAUCUGAGUGCAAUCAUAGACAUUUUAACAGUGCAUGUGCUGUAUCAUUGUGUGGAUAAAUGUCUCAGAAUCAGGGAAAUGCUUUGCAUACCAUAUUGUUUCCCCACCCACCGUUUCUAUUAAAGUUUUAUGUAAAUAAAGCA